GAGUUGAGAGGGUUCAGCCUAGAGAAGAGAAGGCUCAGGGGAGAUGUUAGAGUGGCUUCCCAGUACUUAAAGGUGGCUUUAAUGUCUUGUUCCACUGGCAGUUCUCCUGGGGAGGACAAGGGGACUUUACAGGUUUUUCUUCCCCAAGUUGUCCUGAAAAUGUAUUGGUGCUAGAGGUUAAAAUUCAGUAGCAGGUGAUGGCAAUGCCUUUGUGUUUCUCUUGACUUUUUCAGUUGGUGUCACUGCACUGGGAAGAUUGCUGAGCAGUGGACCUAGCAAGAUGCUGAUGCUGUUCCCCCUGCCUCUGCGGGUAGCCUGCAGUCUGCUUGCCUGGCUUGCUCUCUACGCUUGGUUCUGCCAUCGCUACAAGCACCGGAAUUACGAAUGGAGCUGCCGGCUGGUCACGCUGACCCAUGGCAUCCUUGCUACCUGUCUCUCUGCUUACAUCGGCUUCAUUGAUGGCCCCUGGCCUAUGAGUCACCCUGGAUCACCAAACACAGCUCUUCAGGUACACGUGCUGUGCCUUAGCUUGGGCUACUUCCUCUUCGACCUUUGUUGGUGUGUGUAUUUCCAGACGGAGGGUGCUCUGAUGCUGGCCCACCACCUGGUGAGCAUCUUGGGCAUCACGGCAUCGCUGGCACUCGGGGAGUCAGCUACAGAGGUCAACGCCGUCAUUUUUGGUAGUGAGAUCACCAACCCACUUCUGCAGGCCCGCUGGUUCCUGAAGGAGAUGGGAUGUUACCACAGUUUGACAGGUGAUGUGGUGGAUUUCUUCUUUGUGGUCCUCUUCACUGGGGUGCGGAUCGGAGUGGGGGCCUGGCUGAUGUACUGUGAGCUUGCUUCGCCCAAACCCAGGUGGUACAUUAAGCUGGGUGGCGUCAUCAUGUACGCUGUCUCCUGGGUUUUCAUGGUCAGCAUCUGUCGCUUCGCUAGGAGGAAGAGCAUGAAGAAGUACCACGCUUGGAGGAGCCGGCGGAGCGAUGAGUUAUACUUGAAAACUAACGGACAUCUGAAAAACCACUGACUGGAUCCUGAGUAAGACUUCCUCGAGUUCACAGUCUGGCAAGGAGGGGAUCGUGCCUGAAAUGCCACUGUCGGGAGAGGAGCCAACACACGUUAGAAAUUCUGCAGCCAAAUUUAUCCCUGGCAUAACUCCACUGCAAUCUGUGGAGCUAUGCCAUGGAUUCAUUGGACCUGCAGUGUUUGACCUGGCAGAGGCUGGCUCAGUGUGUACGUCAGCAUACGCUAAAUGAGAUGAGUGAAAGAAGGGCUAAUUUUACAGACUAAACAUAACUAGUCCAGCAGUGCAGGUGUAAAUAGUAAUGUUAGUAGCAAACUCCUUCAGCACUGGUAGAAUAUUGGAAGAGAGGAGAAAAUAACACUAGAUCUUCAUGUUCAGUGUCCUGUACAGUCUAGGCAUCUAGAGUGACUCUUCUUAGGGUUAGGAAGAAGCAUGUUCUAGUGUUUCAUCAGAGUUGGGAUUCCUGGCUCUUCCACCAACUCAUUAUGUGACCUUGGGCAAGUCACAUAACUCGAACUCUGUGCCUAAUUUCCCCAUCUGCAAAUUGGGGGUGAUGGAGCUGAUCCAUCUGUGCUACGCACUUUCAGAUCUUUCCUUGAGAGGUGCUAUAUAAAUGCAAAAUGAUGGUUGUUAUCUGCACUUUGUUUAUUAUCCCUGUGUUUCCUUUGGGAGAAAUGCUUUUGGUGGCUGAGCUAGAGUGUGACUCUAGGGAGAACAGUAUUUUAGGUAGGCCGUUGUUUCCUACCCUUUCUAAUUCCUUUUAAUAACUUAUUUAAUAACAUAUUUAUAACUUAUUUUUCAGUAGUGUCCAGAAGCUCCAGUCAGCACUGGCGCCUUGCAGGACUAGGUGCUCUGUGAAUACCCCCAAAGAAACAGCCCCUGAUGUGAAACGCUCUUCAGAUUUUUUUUUCCUCUCUUCUUCAUCCCUGACUGUUAAAACUCUGCCCACCCCCUCCAAAUACUGCUUUUAACUUCCUGAGUGACCCAGCGCUCUCCAUAAUGAAGAAGCCCCGUCAGGACUUGCCAGUAAGUGGUUUUCUGGCCAAUGGGCCAAGCUCUGAUUUGUCUGCAGAAUGCCAGAAUUCCCUCUGCUGUGCUUAUUGGCCCAAAUGCAGGCAUAGUGUGGAGCCUGAGACCAAACAGCAUGCCUUGAGAUUGUCAGACAAAUACUCUCCCCAAGCUGUAAGUAACUUUAAAAUACGUAAAUCCUGAGUGUUUUACUGCAGCAGUCUGCAAACAAUCUGUAGUUGCCGGUUUUGGCAAUCUGAAGGGAACAGGGGCCAGAACCUGAUUUGUCAUGCAGGCUGUAUUUCUAUUGCUCUUGAAAGUGUCAUCCCAGAUUCAGAUCAGCAUAUCUGAACCCAGAGUCUGCCACAGUGUUUGGGGGUGGUGGGCCACGGUAGGUGAACGUCUGCGGGCUCUACGGAAAGAUGACUGAAAACCACUUGAAACUAGCACUGAUGGUUUUCCCCAGGACCAUAGAUCCCAGUUUCAACAAGAGUGUUUCCUCAGAUCCACACUGGGAUUUCUGGUUGCAGAGUAGCCAACGUGCAUAUUCAGAACAUGGUGGCUAAAGGUGGAAGAGGUACCCAGCCUCAAAUCUGUCCCCUGCCCUGUCCAAGCCAGGGACCUAACCUUGGCUCUCCUUCGUCCGAAGUGAUGCCUUGUCCCCCGGGCUUUGGAUUCACUUCUGUCUCCCUGAUUGGAUCUGGGUCACAUUAUAAAGUGAGAAUUUAUAGGGUAAGAGAAACUUAUUUUACAGCCUAAUAAUUAAAGAAGCGAAAGGCAAAGAAUCUGGCCUUUUUUAAAGCAAAAAAAGUGAACCCGACUGGCAGAAAAAAGAGCCGUUACUUAUCUGGUCCCAUUUGCAGGGCAAAACUGUCCCCCGGGUUGGCAGCUCCUUGGUGUUGAUUUCACUGUAUGUUCCUAAGUGCUGUUUCUUUGUAAUUGCUGUCAUUAUGUUGAUCAUGUAUUUUGAGCCUCAGCACCAGGCCUCCAGGGCAGCUCAGGUGCUGGUUCUGCUGUGAGCUUUGCCUCUUGCAGCCAAAGACGUGGAGAGCCCAAAGCACUUCAGGUGAGCCAACUGAUGGGUGAGCGGGUGCUGAAAAGGGAAGUUGACUCAUUUAGCACAGCACAGUGAUACGACUGUUGAGCCUGGAAGGGAGCCAAGAAGGGCUAGCUGGGGCUUGCUGGUUCUUUCCCAGCUCUGUUGCUGUUGGGCAUGUCAAGGAGCCUUUUUGCCUCAGCUUACCCACUUAAUUAAGUGGGUACAGUAUUACCUACCUCGUGGAGUGUUUUCUUGUGUUAACACUGAGCCAUCUUGGAUGAAGGUGUGGUGGUCUGUGUCAAGCUGUGCUGUAUAAAGGCAAAAUGCUGUUGCUUUGAGCGAAGCACUUCUCACUAUGACCCUUCAUCAGUACUUUGUCACCUGAACUUGGGUGGCGCUUCCUGGCAUCUGGCUUGCCUCACAAAAGCAGGAGCCCAAGGUGCUUUGCAGAGGUGCUUAUGGGUAGGAGUCCACGGGAGUAAGCUAGACGCACACGUAAAGAUCAGCAGUGCUGCUGCUUGUUCAGGUGGGUUGAAGAAAGGAUGUCUGGUGGGUUUUUCUUAGGAGGGAUUGCAGGACAUCUGGAGCCAGAGUUUCAGCAGCCAGCCUGACCAGGUAAUAAGAACCUUUCAGCAGCAAGUCCUGAAGAAAUGUAGGUGAAAACAACCUGCUCAUUUCUCAGCGCAGCUGUUGACUUGCCCACCAAAAGAGUUUCCUGAGCAGUCCUGAUGAUUUGGACUCUGACCUCUGCUGAGGUUUGGUGUGCAGCUUAAUGUGUGGUUACAGCCCUUCCGUGGGGGCUGCACAGCCCGUACCCACCCAAGUGAAUAAGGCUGUCAGUAACUGCAGGCAUCUAUGAAACACCUUGCGUGAAGAUGUUUUGAAAGAUCCUGCACUUUUCAUGGCUGAGUGGUCGCCUUCUUCAAACUGUGGGGAGAGUUGGAAGUAGAGCACCGUGAUCAAUGUUGAGGCUUUAGAAGUUAAGCAGGGACACCAGAAAACAAAAGAGGAGUGGCUUUAUGAAGUCGAGCUAGUGGUGAUGUAUCAGAGCAAGGCCUGUAGUCUUGUCUAGCGGGCUCCAGCAUAGAAUCACAGAACCAGGAAAAGUAUAACUUCCAAGCUGUGGAGCAUACAGUGGGACCUGUCUUCGGGCUAGUCCAUAGUGGCUAGAGCAAAUUGUAAAAGGAAACUGCAGAACUAGUGUGAAAUAAUAACUUGUGUUUGAAUUACUGUGUAAUAGCAACUAAUGUUCCACCAGUGAAUGGUGUAGAUGCUUUGUAUUGUUUUAUAAAAUAAAGAUUAUUUAAUUUUA